AUGAUAUCAGAAACGGGGGACACUAUGCUCUCGGCACAAGGCUACGCGCCAGUCGCCGAGCUAUACACCGGGACUUGGGCCAAUGUGAACCAAGGCCUCCAGGGAACUGCGCGUGAUAUUCUGACGACCUACUGGCAACAUGUCAUCAACCACCUCGAAUCCGAUAACCACGAUUACAAGAUCCACCAGCUUCCAUUGGCUCGCAUCAAGAAGGUGAUGAAAGCUGACCCCGAGGUCAAGAUGAUCUCUGCAGAGGCACCUAUCCUGUUUGCAAAGGGGUGCGAUAUCUUCAUUACCGAGCUCACCAUGCGCGCCUGGAUCCACGCCGAAGACAACAAGCGCCGCACGCUCCAGCGGUCAGACAUUGCCGCCGCGCUCUCCAAAUCGGAUAUGUUCGAUUUCUUGAUUGACAUCGUUCCGCGCGAAGAGGCGACUUCGCACGCCAAACGGUCUAGCCAGGCCGGUGCCACGGCCCCAGGUCCCUCGACGGCCCCAAUGCAAACGGCCCCCCAUGGCGUCCAGCCCCAUCAGCACAUGGGUCCUGCGGACUAUAGCGCCCUGGGACAACACGGGAUGCCCCAAGACCAAGAGUAUCGCCCGCAACCCGCCAUGUACCCUGGUACCGUCCAGUCAGACCCAACGGCGGCGUAUGGACAGCCCCAGUCGCAAAUGUUUGAGGGGAUGUAUGCCUACCCGCAUCUUCCUCCCCAGCAGGUAUGA